AUGUCUACAUCAAGUAAGAUCAAUGUCAAGAAUCCUGUUGUUGAGUUGGACGGGGAUGAGAUGACGCGCAUCAUAUGGAAGGAAAUCAAAGACAAAUUCAUACAUCCCUACCUGUCAAUUGAUCUAAAGUAUUAUGAUUUGGGGCUACCCUAUCGCGACGAAACGAACGAUCAAGUCACCAUUGACGCUGCGGACGCGAUCAAGAAGUAUUCCGUAGGGGUGAAGUGCGCAACCAUCACACCUGAUGAGGCAAGAGUGAAAGAAUUCAAACUGAAGCAAAUGUGGCUAAGUCCCAAUGGCACAAUUCGAAAUGCUCUUGGAGGGACCGUCUUUAGAGAACCAAUCGUGAUACCUAAGAUACCACGACUUGUACCCGGAUGGAAGAAGCCCAUCAUAAUAGGGAGGCAUGCGUUUGGCGACCAGUACAGAGCGAAAGACCUUAUUGCGCCCGGGCCAGGAACGCUGGAGAUGAUCUAUACUCCUACCAACGGCAAGGCGGAAAGAAUAAAGGUCUUUGACUUUGGAGAGGGAGGUGGCGUCGCACAGACGCAAUACAAUACCGAUGAGAGUAUAGCGGGCUUCGCACACGCGAGCUUCAAGUUGGCCCUGAGCAAAAGUCUGCCCCUGUACAUGAGCACCAAGAACACCAUAUUGAAGAAGUAUGAUGGGAGGUUCAAGGAUAUUUUCCAGGAAGUCUAUGCGUCAGAGUAUCAGAAGCAGUUCGAGGAAAAGAAGAUAUGGUAUGAGCACAGGCUCAUCGACGACAUGGUUGCGCAGAUGAUGAAGUCCGCUGGCGGCUACAUCAUGGCUCUGAAAAAUUACGACGGGGACGUCCAGUCUGAUAUCGUAGCCCAGGGCUUUGGGUCCUUGGGGUUGAUGACGAGCGUGCUGAUUACGCCUGAUGGUAACACUUUUGAGUCCGAGGCCGCUCACGGCACCGUCACAAGGCAUUUCAGAGAGCAUCAGAAAGGCAACCCGACCUCCACCAAUCCAAUAGCGUCGAUAUUUGCGUGGACGCGAGGGCUUGUGCAGAGAGGAGAACUUGACGGCACGCCUGAGGUUGUGGCAUUUGCUGAGAGUCUGGAGAAGGCAUGUGUGGAUACUGUUGAUCAGGAUGGAAUUAUGACAAAGGAUUUGGCUAUUGCUUGUGGGCAGAAAGCGUACGCAACGACCCAGGAGUACAUGAAUGCUGUGGAGAGAAGGAUGAAGACGAAUCUGAAGGAGAAGCUAUGA